UAUCUUCAACAAAGUAGCAGUUUCUCUCUCGUUUUCUCUCUGGGGAGUUUCUCUAAAACCCCUACCCUCAGCUUUCUCUAAAACCCCACUUGGAAUCUUGAAGAAACAUCGCACAAUUCAAGGCAAUCUCAAACAUCUCAGCCCAUAUGAAGAAGAGUUGUGAAGAGAGAGAGAUGAGGAACUCUUUAGGACUUCCAGAUGAUGUUGUGGUGGAUAUCUUUCUGCGACUGUCAAUCAAGAAUCUAGCUCGACUGCGGUGUGUGUGUAAAUCAUGGAAUGACUUAAUAACCAGCGAGUCAUUUGUUGGAUUCCAUCUUAGUAAAUCCAGCAGAAAACCUCGUCUCCUUUUCUUUAGGUAUGGUGUCAGCCCUUCAUAUUUGGGCUUCUAUCCCCCAAAACGUCAGCGGUUUGAGAAUCUUCAUGAUCCUCCAUUUGCUUCAAGACUUGUAGAUUUAGAUUUGUUAGGUUCAUGUAACGGCGUUCUCUGUUUCUGCAGCACUGCUGACCAUUCGCUUAUCUAUAUGUGGAAUCCUUCGAAUAACAAGUACAUAACCCUUCCCAAACCCACAUAUAACCCUCGUUACCUAGGUUUUGGUGUCAAUUCAAUGAGUGGCCAUCUCGAUGACUUCAAAGUUGUAACUAUCUCUGCCAAUGCAAAUGCUGAGGUCUACAGUUUGAGGACAAAUUCAUGGAAAAUUAUUGAUGAUGGUUUUCUUCGAAGUAUUGAGAUAUAUGGUAGUCAUAUUAAUUGUCCUGUUUUUGUCAAGGGAUCUGUGCAUUGGUGUGCUCGCUAUAGCUGUUAUCUUGAUAGUCAGUGCACUUGGCUCAUAGUCUCAUUUGACUUUUCCAAGGGUGUUUUCCACACGAUUAUGUUGCCGGAGGACAUGUCCAUUGAUGAUGAUGCCAAGUACUUGAACGUUUUGGAUGGAUGCCUUUGUGUUUUUGCUGGUACUGUUCGUAAUUCUUUUCGUGCUUAUGAGUUAUGGGUAAUGAAGGAGUAUGGUGUAAUUGAGUCAUGGACUAGGCGAUGCAUAAUUGAAAAGGAUCAGAUUUUUUGGUGGCCAAUAGGAUUCACAAGAAAGGGAAAAAUUUUUGUACGAGGGGAUUGUGAACAUUGUGGCAAUUCUUUACUGUCAUACGAUCCAAAUACAGAGAUAUUUGAGUGCCUCGAUAUUCACCUUCCUUGUUUUUCAAUUCAAGUGUUGACAUUUGUGGAUAGCAUAAUCACACCUGUACCUCGAUCUGUGAUUAAAGGCUAGAAGCUGAUUUUAUUUUUGGAGCUCCUUCCAGUAGGGUUUGAGCAACUGACAUCAACUGCGGCACAGAAGGGGAAUCGUCCUCCAUUAUCUGUUUUUUACCUUUGCUAUAGAUAAAACUUAUUUCAUCCUUGCACUAUUCAGUCCCUUUAAUAGUGUUUUGGAUUAUUGUUGGUAAAUUUGAUAUUUAUCUGUAUCAUUGCUCGAUAAAAUUCUGUUUCUCAAAGCAUAUUGCUUCUGUCCUUUGUUAAGUACAUUGUAUAUUUUCCACCUGAAAUAGGAUGGCACUGUCCAUGUAUCUCGUGUACUGGCAUUUUAUAUUUGCCAAGGUUAUUGCGCUAGCAUUACCUUUAGACCAUAAUGUACCACAAUAUCAUUCAAUAUUUGACUUGGAUGUCAAUUUGU